CAGGCAUCCGAUAUCACCAAGCAAUCGACCGCUCCUUCGCAAUUCUUCUCUCCGUCGCUUCUAUCGCCUCCCCUGCGCGGAUCACCUCCAUCUCUCCACCUUCCUACAUAAGUCUACUCCGGCGACCGAAAGCCUUCACAUCAGCCCAACAUGGCCAACUACCUCGCCUCCAUCUUCGGUACCGAGCAGGACAAGGUCAAUUGCUCCUUCUACUACAAGAUCGGCGCAUGCCGCCACGGCGACCGCUGCUCUCGUAAACACGUGAAGCCUUCGUACUCGCAGACCGUCCUCAUGCCGAAUAUGUACCAGAACCCGGCCUACGAUCCUAAGAACAAGAUGAACCCGAGCCAGCUGCAGAACCACUUUGACGCUUUCUACGAGGACGUAUGGUGUGAGAUGUGCAAGUAUGGUGAGAUCGAGGAGCUGGUUGUCUGUGACAACAACAAUGACCACCUGAUCGGCAAUGUCUACGCUCGAUUCAAGUACGAAGAAGACGCACAAGCAGCAUGCGAUGCAUUGAACUCCCGGUGGUACGCUGCGCGACCCAUAUACUGCGAGCUAUCACCUGUGACAGAUUUCCGAGAAGCGUGUUGUCGACUCAACAGCGGAGAGGGAUGUGUACGUGGGGGAUUCUGCAAUUUCAUUCAUCGCAAAGACCCUGGGCCCGAGUUGGACCGAGAGCUGCGGCUGAGCACAAAGAAGUGGCUUAAGGAACGGGGUCGCGAUGCCCGCAGCGUCAGCCGCAGCCCAAGCCCGGAGCCGACUCGGCGGAGAUUUUAAGCGUUGAGUGACGGUGUUCUCUUUUUCUCCCUCGGUUCCUUUUCUUUCUGGAAUCGUGCUUCCUUUGUAUUCCUGUUUUCAUACUCCCGGCGUUGGGCGAGGUCUGUGAACUAUUUGAGUCCACUUUCGAGGCUUUUUGUGCGCAAGCAGCGCCGUAAGGACUGGGGGUUCAGCAUAUGCUUUCGCUGAUUGGCAUCUUGUAUUUUACCGCAUGAUAUCAGACCUGCAAGCUAAUCGAUUUUCACGUGAA